CCGAGCAGCGCGUGCCGCCGGCAGCAGUCUCCGUGUCUCCCCGGCCACGUGGUCGAGUGCGCGCGUGCGGUGUGCGUGCAGCAGUGCGAGCGGCAGUGUGCUAUGAGUGGAUACCUUCCUCCCGCAACGACUGCAACGACAGCAUGAGCCAAGAGCGAGUCGCCCCCGCCAAGACGACGAGGACCACGAGGAUGAGGAGAAAAGAGCUCGCCGCGCUGGCGCUGCUGGUGGUGCUGCAGACCGCCAGCGCCGCGUCCGACGGCUGGACCCCCAUCAUCCCGGAGGGCGUCCCCGGGUCGUCGGGGUCGUCGUCGCAUGGCGGCAGGCACGCCCUGGCCGUGGAGCCCGGCCUGCCCGGCUCGCUGGCGGCCAGCUUGUCCAGCCUCAGCUCCAGCCUGGGCGCCAGCAGCUACCACAGCCACGUGGACCACGUGGUGGGCCAUAGCCACGUGUUCAGGCCGAGGCCCAGCAAGCACCACGCCGCGCCGUCCCCGCUGCCCUCCAUCGGGCCCUCGCCCGACUUCCCCAAGGACUUCCUCGGGACGAGCCUCGGGCCCCAGCACCCCGCCGGCGACCACGGCGACACCUGCUCGCUGUACAAGGCCGCCAUGACGCAGGACCUCUACUUCCAGUACAUCCAGUACAAGGUGCACAUGCCGGACCUCAAGGAGUUCACGCUCUGCAUGUGGCACAAGUUCUACAACCACUCCAGUGACCACCCCCUGUUCUCCUACGCCAUCCACGACACCCCGCGGGCCAUCCUCUCCUGGGUGUCGGCCACGGACAGGUCCACGUACUUCUCCAUGUCGGUGGACGGCCACACGCUGUUCCGCCUCAACUACCCGCUGCGCCUGAACCGCUGGUACCACUCGUGCCAGUCCUGGAACGGGCGGACGGGCGAGUGGCAGGUGUGGGUCAACGCGGAGCGCGUCGGCAGGGGCUUCCACAACCUGCUCGUGAACCACGUCAUCAAGGGCGGCGGCGUGGCCAUCACGGGCCAGGAGCAGCGGCAGUACGGCGGCGGCUUCCUGGAGGGCGAGGGCGCGCCCAAGGGGGCCGGCGGCAUGCUUGGGGAGAUCACGCAGCUGCAGAUGUACACCGUGGCGCUGACGGCCGGCAAGGCGUACCGCGACCACAAGCACCACCACGGCAACUACGCCGGCGAGCCCGGCCAGGCGCAGAGGACCACCACCACCACGCCCGCGCCCAUGCCAGAAACGACGCCCGUCAACCCGUACGCGCCCUUCAUCACCAACGGCCAGCUCACGCCGCAGCUGCCCAUCUUCGAGCUGUCCGCGUUCCGCAAGAACAUCCCCAUGCCGCCCGGUAUGGAGGACGCGCAGGCCUCCAACGCGCAGGCCUCGCCGUCCGCCGCGCCCACGGCCGGCGCCAUGCUGGACCUCAGCCAGCUGCUCGCCGCCGUGUCCUACCUGCACAUGUCCCCCACGGCCGGCGGCGCGUCCGUGCGCAUCCCCCUGCUCACGCACUCGCGGCCCGCGCUCGACCUGGACCCCCAGCAGCACUACCUGUUCAAGCGCGACGACACCGUCAAGGGCGCGGACCAGCCCGACGACCCCGCCAAGAAGCAGGAGAAGCGCGACACCGCGGCCGCCACCGACGACAAGGACGCCGUCGUGGAGGCUGAGGACAAGAAGCCCGAGCCCACCGUCGCCACCAAGGUGAAGCGCUCCGCUGAUCCGGCUGCCCGCGCGGAUGACGACGAGGCCAAGCAGGCCGAGGUCCUGGCGGCCGAGGUGGAGCCCCAGCGACUGUCCGGCAAGCACGCCAAGCGCGAGAGCAAGCGCCUGCUCAAGAGCGCCGCCAAGCCGACGUCCGCCACCGCGCCCCAGCCCGCCGACGAGGCCGUCGACAUCAAGCCGUCGUCGCAGACCAAGCGCGAGACCGACGACGAGGUGGUGAGCGACACCAAGAAGAAGAGGCAGACCAUCUCGCUGCACGGCGGCCCCAUCGACCUGGGCGGCGACAUCGACACCAGCCUGCUGAGCCAGGGCCUGAGCGGGCUGCUGCCGCACGGCGAGUUCCUGGGCGCGGGCGGCGCCACGCCCGGCCCGCUCGCCUACGUCGAGUUCCACGGCAACAACCACCAGCAGCUGCUGUCGCUGCCGCAGCCCAGCAAGAUGCCGCAGGCGGUGGCGCAGGCCGGGCCCCCGGGACCGCCGCCCAAGCCGCUCAAGCGCGAGAACGAACCCGCCGAGGGCGAGGUGAUGGCCGUCAUGGCCAUGUGCUCGGGCUGCGCGCCGGACCCCUUCGCCAAGGUGAACGUCAUCUCGUGGCAGGGCACCCCCAAGAAGCUCUACUCCGGCGUGCACUACGUGCCGGCCAAGCCCGUCUGCCGCAAGUUCUGAGGUGCCAGGACGUCCUGGGCGGUCCCGGAGCGCCGUCUUGCCUCCCGGCUAGGAUGAGGCCGCCGCCGACAGCCAGGAAGCGCCGCCAAGCACCGCGGAGCUGCGACGCGCACGGACACAAUGCGUCGUGAGACCUCCCGGUCGAUGCUAUCCGUAUCGGGGAGCCGUCCCGACGGGGAGGACCAGGGCCGCUCGCGGAAGGGCCGGCGCCGAGAUGGCCUCGAUGACGGCACGGCCGGGCACGGCGGCCUGCUGCACGCCGGACGCCAAACAGUGGGCCACUCGACCUGGCCGACCUCCUUCCGCCUUUACGGCUGGCUUGCUUGGCUUCGCGGAAGAGCGGGGCGAGCGAGGCGAGAAGCAGCGCCGCCCCCGUCCCGAAUUAGCAACACUGUAAACAGGGCCGUCUGGACUGUCGGGCGCAUCGCUGGCGCAUCGCUGGACUCGGCCCCGCGGCCUACGGGCCGACCAAAGGCCAAACAAACGUGGCGCGCCCAUUUCGAGGGAAGGCGAGCCGCGCCGCGAGCCGCGGAAGACGACGACGAUCGAAGUUAGCCAAAGAACUAAUCUUGUAUUGUUACCACCCCAACGACGCCUCGACGCAAACCCCACCCCGCCAUCGGCUUGGAGUAUCCACCGCGACGACCAGCCCACUAAUGUACCAGUGUGUGAACGCGCCAUAGGACAGACACGAACCGCGACGACCCCACUUCUGCUCAAAAUGUAGUAAACGCGUGUGAAUGUGUGUGUAUGUGUAUGUAUGCGCGUGACUGAGUGUGUGUGUGUGCGUGAGGGACACGUUCGAUGCAGUGUAGGAACGGGGUGCACGUCGCUGCCGACAGGAAAUGUGCCGCCGUCUUGCCGCGAGGAAGACGAAUCGCCCGAAAUCAGUGGCGGCGGCGACGCGGCGGCGUGGCGUGGGGUGUUUUCCCUUUCCCCACUCUGUAUCUGCCGUGCCGUGCCGUGCCGUGCCGUGCCCCUUCACUCCGCCGCGAGGCGCGCGGCACGGCACGCCACGCCACGGACUGCCAACUCAGGAGACAACCAACUCCACUUUGUGAUGUAACUUAAUUUAAAUGCAUGUUGUACAGUUUACUGUUUAAAUGGCGGCGACGAAACCAGCAGUAGUCGCUGCCAGCCCUUUGAUGUUAAAGCGCCUUAAGAGUGUUUUUUAUUGUUUUUAUUAUAUUAUAUAUUGAAACGUACCAUCGUGUAUCCACUUCGUUUAGUAGUAUACCGUGUACGAUCGAGUGUAUGUAUGUGUUGAGAUUAUUUUUUUGUAUGUAAAAAGAAAAACAUAAUAAUAAUAAUAAAAGAGCAGGGGGCGUAUUUUUUGUACAAAGGCGUUUUAAUUCCCGAAUUCUCGGUACCAAAAGGACCUGAGACUGCCAACAUGGCAAACAACUUUGCAAGUCGUACAGACAAUCUAAUCACAGUGCUGCGACCACCCGCCGCAUCCAGG